AUGACUUCUGCCUUGCCUCCGUUUGCUCCCUACGGUUCGGGGGGAGAAUCCUGGGAGGGAUUUAUGGAACGUUUCGAGUGUUACCUCAUUGCGUCCAGGAGCCAGGCACAGACCGAUGAGGAAAAAUGCAGUUUCUUCCUUUCUUGUUGCGAACCCUCUAUGUUCGCCUCCGCCCGAGCCUUGGCCGCUCCAAGGCCGGCGUAUAAGUUAGGCUGGGACACUCUAAUGGCCAGGCUCAAAGGACAUUAUGCACCGACACCCUCAAAGAUUGUCUGCCGUUUCGCCUUUCGUCGUCGGGUGCAGAGACCUAAUGAGUCAAUUAGCCAAUUUUUAGAGUCCCUGCGGACUACGGCUGCCCAAUGUGACUUUACCAACUUAGAAGAAAACCUGGUGGAGCAGUUUGUAUGUGGUGUGCGGGAUGUAAACCUGCGAAGCCGCCUGGAUUGGUUUCCUGCCCUGGGUCUUUCAAUUGGGGGGGUGCACCGGGUUGUUUCGUAUUCCCUAGAAAGCGUCCUGUCCGACUUUGCGGAUGUUUUUGACGGCCAGCUAGGCUGUUAUAAAGGCACCCCCAUAUCCCUUAGUCUCGACCCCCAGGUUGCUCCAAUUAGGCUGAAGGCCCGCAGGGUGCCUUUUGCCUUAAGGGCCAAGGUUGACGCCGAGCUGGAUAAGCUCCUGGCGCAGGGAGUCAUCGAGCCCGUUGACCACUCCCCCUGGGAGACCCCGAUUGGUUGCACAUUCGCCAAACUGGAUAUGGCGCAGGCUUACCAACAGCUCCCGGUGGAUGACGAUGCGGCGGCUGCGCAGACCAUCGUCACCCACCGUGGGGCUUUUCGUUGCCGCCGUUUCUUAAUUGACGCCCAAGGCAUCCACCCUACGCCUUCUAAGGUUGCAGCUAUCAGGAACGCCCCUGCACCCACCUCUAAAGCGGAGUUACAGGCGUUCCUGGGGCUACUUAACUUUUACGCGCCAUUCAUUCCGCAUAAGGCGUCAUUAGUCGAGCCGCUGCAUCGGUUUCUCGACCGAUCUGCGGCCUGGCGCUGGGGGAGCCGCGAAGCGCAGGCGUUCGCGGCUGUCAGAAAGGUGCUGACGUCAUCGGCAGUCCUGGUUCAAUAUAGUGACAAGAUGCCUCUGACACUAGCAUGUGACGCCUCUCCCUACGGUUUGGGGGCGGUCCUGAGCCAUGUUCUUCCAAAUGGCUCGGAGGCCCCGGUGGCCUUUUAUUCCUGGACACUUUCCUCGGCGGAGCGUAAUUAUAGUCAGAUCGACAAGGAGGCUCUGGCUGCGGUGUCCGGGAUUAAGAGGUUCCACGACUACCUCUACGGUCGGCACUUCAUCCUUGUCACUGACCAUAAGCCGCUCCUUGGGCUUCUGGCAGGUGACAGGCCGACCCCCCCCAUUCUCUCCCCACGCAUGACACGCUGGACGGAAUUCCUUGCGGCGUAUUCUUAUACGCUGCAAUACCGUCCGGGCAAGCAGAUUGGGCAUGCGGAUGCUCUUAGCCGUUGCCCACUGCCAGAGACUGACACCGCCCCCGUGCCAGCCCUCUCUGUUCUAUCCAUCGCGGCCUCCGGCCUACCCAUUUCAGCUGCGGAGGUCGCGGCCUACACGAAGGCCGAUCCUAUCCUUUCCCAGGUCUCCUCCUGGGUCUUGAGGGGAUGGCCCACAGAUAAAGUGGCAGAGGGCUUCCGGCCUUUUAAAGCUCGACAAGCAGAGCUGUCCAUUCAUGGGGGGUGUCUCAUUUGGGGGGAUCGGGUAGUGAUUCCUGCUGCACUGCGGCCACAAGUCCUGCCUCUGCUCCACAGGGACCACCCGGGCAUAGCGCGAAUGAAGGCCUUAGCCCGUAGCUAUGUCUGGUGGCCCUUGUUGGAUUCAGAGAUAGCGGCUUAUGUGGGCCGCUGCGCUACAUGUCAACUCUCCAGGCCCAAUCCUCCGGCCGGGCCUGCUCGGGAGUGGGAGGUUCCGAGAGGCCCGUGGUCACGCCUCCAUGUAGAUUUUGCCGGUCCCUUCCACGGCCAGAAUUUCCUGAUUGUGGUGGACGCCUACUCUCGGUGGGUGGAAUUGGUCCUGAUGGCCUCCACCACGGCCGAGAGUACGGUUCGGGCCUUACGCAGACUGUUCGCAACCCAUGGGUUGCCGGACAUACUUGUGUCGGAUAACGGCCCGCAAUUCACAGCCACCACAUUUCAGGAGUUCCUGGCCGAGCAAGGGAUCCGGCAUGUGCCCAUAGCCCCGUACCACCCAGAUAGUAAUGGCCGGGCGGAGCGGGCGGUCCGCUCAGCUAAGGAGGCACUGGGCCGUAUGGACCGGGGCGACUGGCAGAUGAGAGUGGCGGCUUACUUGUUAAGCCAGCAUUCCACCCCCUGCCCGAUAACCAACAAAAGCCCCGCGGAGCUCUUGAUGGGCCGGCGCCUGUGGACGUCCCUGGAUAGACUCCAUCCGCUCUAUUCAGGGGAUCAGCCAUGCAAUCUGGGGGUUCUCCCUUCCCGUUCCUUUAGACAGGGGGAUCUGGUGUGGGCCCGCUCUUUUGCCGGGGAGCCCAGGUGGGUCCCAGCUAGAGUAACUGCCCUGACAGGUCCCUGUUCGUUCAGGGUCAGAUUGGCUGAUGGAUCCGAGUGGAGGCGCCACUUGGAUCAGUUAAGGAGGCGCCUCCCAGCGGAGGCGGGCAAUCCGGACUUCGCUGGGCGAGACGACGCUGCACACUCGGGGUUGCCGUGUGAGGCCUUUAUACACCCAGGCCUCGCCUAUCCACAACCAGACACUGCUAAAUCCGACGAAUUGCGACAACGGGCCUUUUCCAAGCCAGGUCCGGCCUGUUCGAGUGCCCCCUGCUGGGAAGCGAAAUCGUCGGCUCAAACCACCAUCGAAGAGUUACCGGUCGAUGCUCCUACCCCCCGAGACACCCCUCCAUUGCUCUCCCCUACAUCUGUGGACGCGCCACCCCGGCCCGGCCUACCGGCAUUGUUGAGCCCGCCUCCGGGGCCGUGCCAAGAUGGCGUCCCUCGGAGCUGCACUCCCUUCGGGGAGGAGCUACAACGAGCAGGUCCAUCUCCGCCGACGACUGUUGUUGAACUAAGGAGAUCUGGGCGGGUCCGGCACCGUCUCGCCUACCUUCGCGACUACGCAUGCUCCAUCUGGGAGCAUGCGCCAAACUGGGGGGAAGGGGUGUUAUGUAUUCAGAAUGGUCUACCACUUUAA